ACAUGUUUCUCCUCUCCCAGUCGCUAGAGCUUGACGCUCAAAGCCCUUUUCUUGUUACAGCUGGCCUGUUCACGAUAUGAAGAACUCAACACCCUCUUUCUCCUCCUCCGUUGCUGCUUCAAUGGAAUCAUCGUCGACUGAUUAUCCCUCUGAAGCCGACAACGAUAGUUUCAACAUGCACGAUCCGAAUUUCUCGUAUGAAAGAUCCGUCUCUUUCAGUCACUCCGACGCGUUUCGUCCCAGUCCCCCACCGCUAGCAGGACUACACAGUAAUGACAGUUACGAGUCUCUAGAAAAACUCCCUCUCCAACAGGCCGAUAGUACGUUGUACCCUGUGCGAAUGAGUGGCAUCCUGCGCUCGCCCUACGAAAGUAGUGAACUGGGUCGAGAAUCCGUUUUUUCUCUGGAGACUAACUGGCGACGACGCCAAACCAUCAAACGUGGGGUUACGCGAAGAGUGAAACUCAUCAAGGGCAAUUUCAUUACUGAAUAUUCAGUCCCCACGGCAGUUCGGAAUGCUAUCGAGCCCAAGUACACCUCAACGCAAAGUACAGAAUUCUCCCAUAUGAGAUACACAGCCGCUACGUGUGAUCCAGAUGACUUUACAGAAGCAAACGGAUGGUCGUUACGGACAAAGCUGUACAACCGCGAAACGGAGCUACUUGUUGCCGUCACCUCGUAUAAUGAAGAUAAAACAUUGUACGCCCGCACUUUACAUGGUGUCAUGAUGAAUCGAACUCAAGCCGAGGCUGGCUCUCCUGGCUGGCAAAAGAUCGUAGUGGCUCUGGUUGUUGACGGUCUGGAAGCGAUGGACAAGAGUGUUCUAGACAUCCUUGCCACCGUGGGUGUCUAUCAGGACGGCGUGAUGAAAAAGCAGAUUGAUGGGAAACCAACGGUAGCUCACAUCUUUGAAUACACCACGCAAUUAUCCGUGGACGCCAAACCGAAUCUUGUACUUCCACAGGAUGGUGAUCCAUCCAAUUUGGUUCCUGUGCAGAUCAUAUUUGUAUUAAAAGCGCAGAACCAGAAGAAGAUAAAUUCUCACCGGUGGCUGUUUAAUGCUAUCGGGAGAAUGCUGGUGCCCGAAGUCUGCAUAUUGAUUGACGCCGGUACGAAACCCGGUCGCAAAUCUCUUUACUACCUCUGGGAAGCCUUUUACAACGAUCCAUACCUUGGAGGAUGUUGCGGCGAGAUUCAUGCGAUGAUCAAAGGCGGCAAGAAACUAUUAAACCCCCUCGUAGCUGCCCAGAACUUUGAGUACAAGAUGUCCAAUAUUCUCGACAAACCGACUGAAAGUAUGCUCGGCUACGUCUCUGUGCUGCCUGGAGCAUUCAGUGCGUACCGAUACAGAGCCAUCCUCGGCCGGCCUUUGGAGCAAUACUUUCAUGGUGACCACUCCCUUGCGGAUCGUCUAGGCGACCAAGGUAUCAACGGAAUGUCCAUCUUCCAAAAGAACAUGUUUUUAGCCGAGGAUCGUAUCUUGUGUUUCGAACUGGUAGCAAAACGAAAGGAACGAUGGACACUGACCUACGUCAAACCAAGCAAAGCCGAAACCGAUGUGCCAGAGAGCGCUGCAGAGUUGAUAGGGCAACGGCGAAGAUGGCUCAAUGGUUCAUUUGCAGCGAGUGUCUAUGCGCUUGUCAACUUCUUCAGGUUUUACCAUUCGGGACAUGGGAUCUUCAGGAUGCUGUUCUUUCAUAUCCAGGGCUUAUACAACGCCUUUUCUUUGUUCUUUUCGUGGUUUGCCUUGGCCAACUUGUGGCUUACGUUCAGUAUCAUCAUCGACCUGUUACCAUCGCAGGGAGUGGUAUUCGGAAGUGUCGUUUUAAUUCACUGGAUUAACUUCGGUCUGAAGUGUCUUUAUCUAGGUUUCCUCAUACUGCAGUUCGUCCUGGCAUUAGGCAAUAGGCCCAAAGGAGAACGAUUUGCAUAUACACUUACGUUAUGGGUUUAUGCUGUUCUCUCUGUAUAUCUCUUGGUCUGUUCGUUCUGGCUCACGUCGCUUGCUUUCAAGGAUAUCCCUAAAGCGCUCCAAGGCAAUAAGUCGACGAUGGAAGUUGUGGCGUCUUUCUUUAGCCCACCUCUUGGCCCACUAGUCGCCGCGAUGAUAUCAACAUUCGGCAUCUAUUUCUUUGCGUCCUUCUUAUAUGGCGAUCCAUGGCACAUGUUCACAAGCUUCAUACCAUAUCUAUGUCUCGCGCCAAGCUUCAUUAACGUUCUUAAUGUAUACGCAUUUUGCAACCUACACGACGUGUCUUGGGGAACGAAAGGAAGUGACAAAGCAGAUGCCCUGCCAUCACUGAAAUCCCGUACAACACUUGGAAACGACGAGCCUCAUGUUGAGGAUACGACUAGGAUACAGGAGGACGUCGAUGCUGCGUUCAAGGAGACAGUCACUCGUGCUCUUCGGAAGAUCAAGUCAGCUGAAGGAAACGAGAAGCCGACCCUGGAUGAUGAAAAUAAGACAUUUAGGACUCGUCUCGUGGCUGCAUGGAUGCUCACAAAUGGCAUCCUCGCCGUGGGGAUCGAGAAUAUUAAUGGCUGGCUGAAUAUAGAUGACGAAAACAUCUCAAAAGAGAUGAUCAAGGAUUUCGAGGAGCACCAUUCGGAGAAGAGGAAUAAUUACUUUGCUUUCAUCUUAUAUUCGACUUUUAUUCUGUCGAUUGUGAGGUUGAUAGGUUGUUUAUGGUAUUGGCUAGGGCACAACUUGUGCAAAUGUUGCCGUAGGAACUGAAGUAAAGGGUAUAUGACUUCUUGACCCCCCGUAUCCCUGAUUACUCCUGGCAGUCGGUAUAUCGAAUCUGAGAGUAAGUGACUGAGGAAAAAUUGAACUGAAAAAUGGUUGGAACACCUUCAGCUCGAUCGAACGCGAUCGAGCUGGACACAACCCACUGCUUACUUAUCGCUCUUCCCUAGGAAUGAUGUGCUUUCACGUUCCUCUAAGACGUUACAACGGUCCCGUCUUCUAGUGAUAC